CACAGUUUUUUUUUUUUUUUUUAAGUAAUGCCAUCGUGUUGUUUGCUCAAAGGGAAAAAGAGGCAUGAAAGGACAGAGUAGAGAGACAGAGAGGUAAAUCAGAAAAAAAAAAAUCAGAGGGAGGUAAACACAAAAGGAAAAGUGGUGCAGCUAUAAAAGACGGACAGAAAGACACCAGCAGGUACUUACAGAUGUCACGGUUGGAUAUGUCCAGGAUGGAUGUCAUGGAAGUGUUUCAUGGUAUUUUGUUUCCUGGACAUCUGCACACCCAGGAUUCCUUGGAAAUUGCUCUAAAAUUUCCAUUUCAGGACACGGAUAUCCUCAUAGCCUCCUAUCCAAAGUCAGGUAAGAAGAGAACAGGAGCGGAUCAGGAUUCUCCAGUGAGUCAGCGCAAUGGAACUUACUGUGCUGAGUGACUCAGUGCAGAGAUAACGCCUCAUUCCAUUUUAGAAUGUGAUACUAAGCACCACGUGGAUGCAGGAAAUGGUGACCCUCAUAUCCAACAGAGGAGACCCACACUUGUCCCAAACCGUCCCAAACUGGGCUCGGGCUCCUUGGCUGGAGCAACAUUAUUUCGCUGCGGUACUGGAGGCAUCAUCCAUCACACCUCGAGUCAUCACCACACACCUGCCUCAUCACCUGCUGGGCCUGACACUCCAGAGCUCCAAAGCCAAGGUCAUCUAUGUGAGCAGAAAUCCCAAAGAUGUGUUGGUGUCCUUUUAUCACUUCCACAAAAUGGCCAACUUCCUCCCUGAGCCCGGCACAUUUCCAGAAUUUUUAAAUCGAUUCCUGGAGGGCACAUUGUCGUACGGAUCCUGGUUUGACCACGUUAAAGAAUGGACCAGUCAGACAGCGACGAUGAGCAAUCUGCUUCACAUCACCUAUGAAGAAAUGUUGCUGGACCCACAUGGCACCAUAAAGAGGGUGAGCUCUUUCCUACAAUGUCCGCUGAUGGAGGACGAGGUCAACAGCUGUGUGAAACAUUGCAGCUUCAGCAGCAUGAAAGACAACAAGAUGGUCAACUACACCCAGAUCGCCGAAGAAAUAAUGGACCACAGCAAAGGCUCCUUCAUGAGAAAAGGUAAGAUUGGAGAUUGGAAAAACAUGUUCACAGAGGAGCAGAAUCAAUAUUUCAGAAGUGUCUUCAAGUCCAAGAUGCAGAGCUGCACUUUAGAGUUUGUGUGGGAUGAGCAGGAUAAAGAGGAGACACGCGGCUGAUGAACGAAUUCCACCAAAGAAGAAAGAAACAAAGCUAUGUAUCGCAUCCCGUGAGAUGGAUCACAGGCGGAUGGUUUUCUCCAAGUUGUAGUUUAGAUACCAGCUGUACAAAACCUACAAACAUGCAGUGAAAUUAUGUAGAACUUUAAUCAAAUGUUACAGGAAACACUUUGAGACAUGCAACGCUUGCACCCUCCAAUGCCUCGUAUGUCUGUCACUGUCUCGCUUUCAUUAAUGUGUCUGUCCAUGAUGUAUUCAAUGUUUUGAUGCGAUAUACGUGCAAAUAAAAUCUGGAUCAACUAAGUUGUUAGACUGUUGACCACGACCUAUGUAAACGAUUUGCUGUUUGGUGCAGAACGAGUGGCACUUGAGGAGGUUGCUUAUGUGCAGUACGAGCAAAUAAAAUAAAUUGACAGUCGUGUAUGCAGCACAACAACGAGCAGAGGGCGAAGGACAGGUCAAAGGCUUUCAUACAAAGCUCCUCGUCCAGAGGGCUGAGCCGUCCUUGUACGUCCUGUCACUUCACACACCCAAAGAAAGGCGUUGUUACCCUCCAGUUUCCAUGAACUGGAGAGCUUUAAUGAAAUCCUAUUGAGUGGGUUCAAGUGCGGACAUAUGGUACAGAGUGUGCAGAACACGGUGCAACCCAUCUAGACUGUCAGUCCUCAGAGGCUUACAGCUGACAUCUAAUUGAGGCAUUACUAGUUAUAUGAUUUAACUUGUGUCCCGCAAUAAAGAUGGUGUGAAGAUGGUCAAGUGUUCCAAAAUCUUGUAAACACUUUUAUUAGCAGAGGUCAAAAAUCUUUUGGAUCUCCAUGCUAAAUAGAAUUGCAUGGAUGUGUGUUAUUUUUGCACUGUUGUUUGAAUCUGGAUUUAAAAUGACAAAUGGACCAAAUUCAUGUCCUCUAUUUAAACAUUCUGAUGUUGAAGUAACAGCUUGUACUUUUAGUGAACGCAUGUUUGGUUUCUUGCCGAGAUUUAGAUGAGUGGAUCAAUCCCCCAAUCAUGGAGAUGGUUGACUUAAUUUAGCGUAAAGAAAAGGGAAAGGGCU